AGGCGCCCUCCCCUCGGCCGGGGCUGCGAGUUGCUUUUGGUAAAACCCAGCCCCGAAAUAUAUAGAUCAUUGGAGCGCAAUGAAGUAGCCUUUGGAGAGGAGGGAGGGGGCCGGUCCGACAGCCACAGCGGCCAGCGCAGCGGCAGCGGCGGCGGCGGCGGCACCACCAUCAGCAUCACCGCUCGCACCCCAGUCGCCCGGCCCGUGAGGAGGCAGCGGCGGCCGCCGGCGGGAGCGGAGGCGGCGGCGGCGGAGAGGCGAGGAGGAGCCGCGGGAGGAGCAACGGCGCGCAGCCGGCGGGUCCACGCAUCUCCGCACUUCCAGAGCAACUCCUGCGCCUUCCACACCCCUGCCCGGGGCUGGGGGCUCCGAGAGCAGCCGCGAAGCCAACCCCUAUCCUCCCAGCGAUCCUUGCCCAGCCCUGUCCUGCGCCUCCCGGGCUCCGCUCCGCGCCGCGGGGUCCCCGCUCCUGCGCUCCGGGAGCGCCUCCCGGACACCCGGGUUCCCGUAGCCAGGACAAAGCCAUGAAGCCGGCGCUGUUGGAAGUGAUGAGGAUGAACAGAAUUUGCCGGAUGGUGCUGGCCACUUGCUUGGGAUCCUUUAUCCUGGUCAUCUUCUAUUUCCAAAGUAUGUUGCACCCAGUCAUGCGGAGGAACCCCUUUGGUGUGGACAUCUGCUGCCGGAAGGGGUCCCGAAGCCCCCUGCAGGAGCUCUACAACCCUACCCAGAGAUCCUUGGAGAGAGUUUCUCCACCUUGGUUGGAGCUCUCCAGCACGGCGGUCUUGCAUCAGAUGCGGCGGGACCAGGUCACCGACACCUGCCGGGCCAACAGCGCCACGAGCCGCAAGCGGCGGGUGCUGACCCCCAGCGACCUGAAGCACCUGGUGGUGGACGAGGACCACGAGCUCAUCUAUUGCUACGUGCCCAAGGUGGCGUGCACCAACUGGAAGCGGCUCAUGAUGGUCCUGACCGGCCGCGGCAAGUACAGCGACCCCAUGCAGAUCCCGGCCAACGAGGCGCACGUCUCGGCCAACCUGAAGACCCUCAACCAGUACAGCAUCCCGGAGAUCAACCACCGCUUGAAAAGCUACAUGAAGUUCCUGUUCGUGCGGGAGCCCUUUGAGAGGCUGGUGUCCGCCUACCGGAACAAGUUCACGCAGAAGUACAACACCUCCUUCCACAAGCGCUACGGCACCAAGAUCAUCAAGCGGCAGCGCAAGAACGCCACGCAGGAGGCACUGCGCAAGGGCGACGACGUCAAGUUCGAGGAGUUCGUGGCGUAUCUCAUCGACCCUCACACCCAGCGCGAGGAGCCCUUCAACGAGCACUGGCAGACGGUGUACUCGCUGUGCCACCCGUGCCACAUCCACUACGACCUCGUGGGCAAGUACGAGACGCUGGAGGAGGAUUCCAAUUACGUCCUGCAGCUGGCGGGCGUGGGCAGCUACCUGAAGUUCCCCACCUACGCCAAGUCCACGAGAACUACUGAUGAAAUGACCACGGAGUUCUUCCAGAACAUCAGCUCGGAGCACCAGACGCAGCUGUACGAAGUCUACAAACUCGAUUUUUUAAUGUUCAAUUACUCAGUGCCAAGCUACCUGAAAUUGGAAUGAAGGUUGGGGUGGGGGGAGGGUGUGGGCGGGGAGAGGGGAGAGAGAGUCGUGCUUUUUUUAAUUUAAGAUUUUUAUUUGUCAAAAAGAAUUAUAUGGAUAUUGGGUUAUUUUGUAAAUUAAUAUUUCUUUGGGGAUUGAUGCUGCGAGCAGCAUGGUGAGAAUUAUUUAAAAUCCUUACUAGGGAAGGACGGCUGUCUUGGCAGGGGACUAGGAUGGGUGUCCUUGUUUUUUUAGACGUGAAUCCCAUGACACUGUCUCAGAGGUUUCUUUGUGUUCUGGUGAAUUCCAUGAAUUGUGCAUUCCAUAAAUGCUAAUUAAGUUAUUUAUAGUUAUUUAAACAUGGUCUCUGUAUAGAUUUCUUGGGGGGGGGGCAACAAGAUUUUAAUGUCUUUUCCGAAGAAAUCUAUGUUUUCAUUCUGUGCUUGCAAACAGCUCCUGCAGGGGCAUGAAUGUUCUCCUUACUAACCGCUCAGAGUCACUGUGAUAACCAUUGUGCUGUCCAUUGAUGCCACCAGUCUUAAAAUUCUGCUGGAAAUAAAUAGAGCCACCUUUGCAAGGGACCGAUUUCAGUCAUGUCAUGCUAAAGAAAAGUGAUUUUUUUUUUUUAAUCCCAAGGAGAAAGCUGAUUGUGGCUUUUUCCCCCCACCAGAAUUAGCAAUCUGGUAGAAUAGGCUUUUGUACAGAAAUGUUUAACUGGCAGUGCCAGUUGUGAUGAAGGUGAAAUGGCUGUUGCUUUACAUUCAACAAGUAUUUAUUGAGCAACUACUAUGUGCUAGGCCUAAUUCUAGACCCUGUGGGUAGAGCGUUGAACAAAACCAAUAGUCUCAGCCCUCAAGAAGCUUUACACAGACACAGAGUAUCCAGCUCGACAGUUAGCAAACCCCUGGUAUCCGUGGACUUAGUGUGAGGUUUGGACUCUUCAUGGAUAACCCCAGGAGGAUCAGAUACCUACAAAUUCACAUUUUAUAUAGCCCAAUUUGAAAACCACAUGCUUGAAGCAGGCCAUUUGAGUAGUCCAAGCUCUAUGCCUAACACAAAAGGUGACCAAUUCCCUGUCAUGUGCCCAUUCCAGUUUAUUGGUAAUAUUUGCCUUUAAGCCCCAGAAGAGAUUUGUCAGGCACAGCAUGGAAGAAUGCUGUAACUGAUUAGUGAUGUCUGCCUUGUUGAGGGAAAGGGAGAUAUUCACCAGCCACCUCCUCCUGUCAUUUCCAGCCGAGCAUUCAGGUCUCCGCCUAGAAGUGUUGUUUUCUAUUCUUUGCCAUGUAAAAAAGAUUGAAAUUUUGUGGCAGGACUCUGACAUCGGGGGAUUUGCAGUGGCCUGGCGUUUCUACUCCUCGUGAAGGUCAGAGGCAGGCUGUUCGUGCACAGGCACAGGCGUGCCCUCUCCCGUGUCCUCCAGAGGCCAAGAGACCAUCAGCAGUGAGCAAGGGCCGCCCUCUGGGAUGGCAAUUCAUGCCCCUUUCCUCUGGAAGGCUGGAAACAUUGCAUUUCCUGUUUCUUGCUAAUUAACGCCUGCGCACGCUUCUCAUUUCCGAGGCCAUGGUUGAAGUUUGAGCCACCUCCCUCUUAAACAGCCAGUAAAUGAGUUGGUAGCAGAGACUGUAUAUAAUAAUAAUAGUGCUAAUAAUAGGGGGUGGGGUGGGGGUGAGUUUUGCUUUUUGUUUUUUUGAUUCAGUGUAUAGCACAGAGGUGAGAGUAUUCUGAACAAACAAAAAAUGAAUAAUUUAUUCACAGAAACUAUUAAAACUGUAUCAGCAAGCUCACAGCCAGCUCAGUGAGCAACAGCUGCCAUGUCUCACUGAGAAAAUUAUUUUAUUGAAUGUGAGUGAGGCAUGCACUGGAGAGGGUGGCUGAAGCUAUUUAUAAAAUGCCGUAUACCUUCUUCCAAGCUCUCUCUCCCCUUUGCGAAGGGCACAGCGACCAACCCUUGAUGGAUAGAGAUGUAUGCAAGUAGAGGGACAGACUUCAACUCUCUCUGGUAUUAUUAUUCCUGGACCCUAUAACCAGGCAGGGGAAACUGUCCUCAGAGACAAAGCUUCUACUGAUAAAAGAGGUUUCUGGCAUUUCCUGAUAACGUGCUUCAGAGAACACAGGUUCUCCCCAGACACGAGUUGGUGUGAUGCAAAAUAAGGGUUUUGUGGUCAAGUGUCUUUGGGAAACAAAGCUAAGUCCAUUUCCUUUCUGCAGGACUUUUCAGAGCCUUGAUUGUGUGCUGUGUGUUGUGAAUCCCCAGGAGCAUCACUGAUUGAGUCCGUGGCAUUUCCUGACUUUCCAUGAGCAGGGUGCUGUAUUUUAUAGACUAUCUCACAGGGCUAGCAUUGCUCUGUGUAGGCUUUGGUUAGGUUGUUUUAGCACAUCUGAGGUCUUCUACGAUAAAAACUGCUUCCCUCACCCCUCCCCUCCAAAAAUAUCCAAAACGCAGCAACAAUAAAGCAACACCACUGUGCCCACCUGAUUUAUUAUAGCAGUGACGGUACUUUACCAAAUGAAUUCAAUUUUUGCCUACGUGCAAUGGUUCUAAUUCUGGAUAUUACAUGGGCCACAGUUCCCUCCCUGCUGCAGGGAGCAGAGAAAUCUUGGGUGGUGUGGACAGAAAGGAGGGAGGGGACAUAAAGCCUCAGCUAGACCCCCAGCAUUCUAGCUUAAGAUUGCUCAAUGCAAGCUGACUGCUCAACCCUUAACGAGUGCUUCUUCAAUUCUAUAGUUUGGAAUUGUUCACUAUGUCCUUUUUGUUUUUCUAAGUGGAAAUUCACGUAGAUUUCCCAAGCUUUGUGUUUCUGCGUCUCGUCCAUUUUUGAUCAGCUAUGAUGCCUUCUUUCGUCCAUCUUCUCCCUCUAGUGAGAAAGAGUGUCCUUCAGGACCAUAGGGCGUGUGGUUCAACCACGAAGGGCUCUUUCUCCUCCUGUUUUGUGUUCAUAGUUUAUUUUCUAAUGCCAUAAAAACUUAAAAAAAAAUAGAUUCAACCAUUUUUGCAGAAUGUAGAAAGAACUCUGUGUCCUUGGUUAAAAAGAAUCCAUAGGUGAAAACGUGCCUGGAAAAUAAAAAUUCUUGGUUCUUUUGUUCCUUUUUUUUUAAAAAAAAAAAGAAAACUGAACAUGCUUUCUGUUGCAUGCUUAGCUGGAGAAAAGUACAGGCAGGUGUCCCAUCUCCCAGCAACUUUUCAAAGGUGCUGCCUUGUCUUCAAAACCAGGUACAGAGUAGCAUUUAUAAGGACUUUCCUGCUUAACCUGUCCCUUUGGUUGGACAACUCUAUUAGCCACAGGGUUUGAAUUCCUGCAGAUGCUCCAGACCCUCUCCCAUCUCUGCCUCCCCAGCUGGUCUGGGAAAAAGGACAGUCUGCUGACCUAUGGUGUCUCAGAGGGAAACCUUCCUUCCCACCUGUCCACCAGGUGAGUUUCACUGUCUUGCCUUUUCACAUGGAUGGCAUAGGAUGGCAGUGGACAGUGGAAACUUCAUCAGACCAGUGUCCUGGUGGCAAAGGUGUGGAAGCACCAGGGUCCAAUCCCUGCUGGUAGAAAAUUCCCAAAACAAAAGCUUAGCUGGUGGGGUCUGGACCAGUGCUGAGCUAGUGAUUGCAAAAGUCCUGAUUCUAAGCUAGCCAGAUGCUGAGGGACUGUGUCCCUGGUGAGUGGGGCUCAGAGCAGAUGUCUCACAGCCCAGCCCUCCCCUCCACAUACACACACGUGAUCUGAGCUGCCCUGUUCUGUGCGGUCCUGGGGACCAGAGUCCCUUUCCCCUUCGUGUCAGCAGGACUGACAUCACUCCCGCAAAGUCCCCACAGCCAGUAUUUCCUCCAGCUUUUUUCCACCACAGCCAACUGGACCUACGAACAGGCGGCAGGAUCUUCUACAAUCAGCUUGACUCUCAGCCGUUAACAGGCGAAUUUCAGUCUGUUACACUUUGUGAGGCACAGAAGGGGCGGCCCGUACUGUUUUCUUAUGAGCAAGCUCAGUAUGGCGUAUGGACCUAUAAUUUAACAUCUGUGGAGUGUGAUUUUUUUUUUUUACAUAGUUGUAUGCAGUAGAGGGCUUGUAGAAAACUCUCCCUGUAUCUUACUGUACUGUUCAAGAAAGCUGAAUUCCACAUUGCCAACAAAAGCGUGAAAAUGUUCAUGAAUCUUCUUCCAGGAAAAGCCAUUCAAGCCUGAUUAUUUUUCUAAGUAACUUCAAUUAAAUUGAAGAAAAAAAGAA